CUUCUCCAUCAUCAGUUUCUCAUCUUUCCAUCAUCCCGUCGUCAACUGCCUCACACCUCAUUACCAACCAAUCCACGUGACCUCAAUCUAUCUACCCUUGACUGUCUAUCAUCAUUCGCACUGAAGAACUCUCUGCCAUUGACUGUUGACACACACACCCACUCUACCACUACCCCUUCUGAUCCUACCUGUGAUCGAUCAACCAUGGGUUUCAUGCUGAAGAAGCCUGAAGAGGCAGUGGGCUCGGCCGCCCCUGCCAUCAUUGUUGGCCUGUUUGCCGCCUUUGGAGGUAUUCUCUACGGUUACGACACCGGUACCAUCAGUGGUAUCAUUGCCAUGAAGAAGUGGCGCGAGAUGUUCUCCACUGGCUACGUGAACCCCAAAGAUGGCCUUCCCGAUAUCACUUCUUCCCAGUCUUCCAUGAUUGUCUCCCUACUGUCCGCGGGUACUUUCUUCGGUGCCCUCUGUGCCGCGUUUGUGGCCGACCGCUUUGGUCGGCGCCUGGCUAUGAUCCUCGACUCUUUCGUUUUCUGUUUCGGUGUUAUUCUGCAGGCUGCCGCCACCCGCAUCCCUUUGUUCGUGGCUGGUAGAUUCUUCGCCGGCUUUGGUGUUGGUCUCCUUUCGGCAACCGUUCCCCUUUACCAGUCGGAGACUGCUCCCAAGUGGAUCCGUGGUACCGUUGUGGGUGCUUACCAGCUGGCCAUCACCAUUGGUCUGCUGCUCGCCUCCAUCGUCAACAAUUCCACCAAGGACCGCAUGGACACUGGCUGCUACCGCAUUCCCAUUGCUAUCCAGUUCGCCUGGGCUAUUAUCCUGGUGACGGGUAUGCUCAUCCUGCCCGAGACUCCUCGUUUCCUGGUGAAGCACGACCGCCACGAGGCCGCGGCUCAAGCGCUCGCCCGUCUGCGUCGUCUCGAUGUCAACCACCCCUCCAUUGUUGAGGAGCUCUCCGAGAUCCAGGCCAACCACGAGUACGAGCUCAGCGUUGGCAAGGCCAGCUUCGGUGACAUUCUCCGUGGCACUCUGGGCAAGCGUCUGCUCACGGGCUGCUUGGUCCAGGCCCUGCAGCAACUGUCUGGUGUCAACUUCAUCUUCUACUACGGAACCACCUUCUUCCAGAACUCUGGCAUCAAGAACAGCUUCACCAUCACUUUGAUCACGAACAUUGUCAACGUGUGCUCCACCUUCCCCGGUCUCUGGCUCGUUGAGAAGUGGGGUCGUCGUCCUCUCCUUCUCUUCGGAGCUGUUGGCAUGUGUGUCUGCCAGUUCAUUGUCGCUAUUGUCGGCACGGCUACCGAUUCGGAAGUCGCCAACAAGGUGCUGAUCGCCUUCGUCUGUGUCUACAUCUUCUUCUUCGCUUCCACCUGGGGUCCCACUGCCUGGACUGUGACUGGUGAGCUGUUCCCCUUGAAGGCUCGCGCCAAGUGUCUGUCAAUCACGACUGCCUCCAACUGGCUCCUGAACUGGGCUAUUGCCUACGCCACUCCCUACAUGGUGGACUCCGGCCCGGGCAAUGCCAACCUCCAGUCCAAGGUGUUCUUCAUCUGGGGUGGCUUCUGCGCUAUUGCCGGCGUCUUCGUCUACAUGUGCAUCUACGAGACCAAGGGACUCUCCUUGGAGCAGGUCGAUGAGCUCUACGCCAAGGUGUCUUCUGCCUGGCGCUCGCCCGGCUUCGUCCCCUCGGUGCACUUCACCGAUGUUCGGGAUGUGGCCGAUGGCAAGGCCCGUGGCACUCUCGGGGAGUUGGAGCACGAUGCUCAGAUGAAGCGUGAGCACGAGCACAUCGAGUCUGCCUAAGGAUAUGAUCUGGUCUUUUGUUUUUUGUUUCGGAGUACGGGUUGGACAUUUAGGAUUAAUAAUUUUGGAACGACAUUUAUCAUGUAUAGUAUGAGCAUUUUUGUUUGAGAAGCGCAGCGAUUGAGUCAUGUCAUGUGUUAUGAGAAUUACAACUGUCAUAUGUGUCAAGUGUCAGUGUCAUAUUUAAGAAUGCGAAUGAUGCAUACCGAUUGAA